AUGGACAACUACAUCAAGGAUCUCGACUAUGAAUACACUUGCAAGAUCAAGUACGAUUCCGCCGUCCCGCCCGCUUGGGACCGGACUCUGAAUGUCGGUUGGUCCCGCCUCCCCCGGGGCUCCAAGGAGGGAGAGGGCGACGACGUUGCGGCCUUUAAGGCCAUGACCGCUUCGAAUACUCGAAAAGUUGGCCACUGGGACUACUUCACCCUGCCCGCCAAUGUUGCCCUGAAGAUCUGCCGCUAUAUAAUCCAACAACACUCCACUGACAAACCGAUCCGCCUCAGCAGGUUGUCUGUCUACAGUGGCCUAUAUCCUAUCACUGAGGACACGGACCGGGAUGUUUGGGAAAGCGAGUUCUUCGAGACUCCGAAGCAAGCAUCACGUGCUGUCACUCCUUACCUCCUUGUCAGUCGUGGCUUUCGGACCAACCUUUCAGCUGCCUUUCUCCUCACCCGUCGGUACCAUUUCGUCGUUUCGCCCUUUGACCAUGUCACAGACCUGAAUUGGCUCGCCCGUAAUGGCCCCUGUCUAAAAAACAUCACCAUGGAAUUUGAUUGCACCAGGUAUUAUGGUGGCAAGCCCCAGACGAGAGAAAAGGUUGAAGCUGCCAAGCACCCUGGGGGUGUCGACAAGGAGCAGUUAAAAACUGCACUGGCGCCUGGCAAAGAUGCCAGGGAAUCCGUCAAGCACUACAAACGGGUACUGCUUCCCAUGUUGGAAAUGCUAACCAGCGGCCGAGAAUUUCCCGUCAACCGUUUGACUAUCAUGGUCAGAAAGUACCAGGGAUCGCGGGAGAGCAUGCCGCAAGGUUACCCCUACUUUGAUCCGACAUGGCUGAAUUUCCUCCUCGUGAUUCCAUGCGUCCUCCAAUCAAAUGUCCGAAAUCUUGAAACAAUCGGCGUCCCUCCGAAGCUUUUGGGAUUGAUCAUCAACAGAUUCUGGGGAGAGGGAAAACCUCCAACCGAGGACGCUCAGAGACAGCAUUUUACAUGGAGUCCUUCUCCGCCCACCCUCUGGCCCGAGAUGUCGGGGCAGUCCGCAGCAAUUUCCGUACCGGGCUCCCUCGACCUGACCGUUCAAUAUUUGCUUACGCUUGACCACCCAGGCAAAGUUGAGAUCCGCGCCUUUCCAAGCCAGGAAGCACAGAAAGAGCAGCAGGAGCAGCAGUCUGCCAAGAAACGAAAGUCAAAACGCAAGAAGAAGAAGACCAAAAAGUCCUCCAUUCUUCCCGAAGAGGCUCCCAUACCACAACCAGAACGCGUGGUAGAACCCGAGGAACAAUCGGGAGAACAGGCGCACUCGCAACCGCCCUCCCGGCUCUCGGUAAUGACGCCCUCAACCGCGACCGCGACCGCAGCUGCGGAUGUGGAAGCUGAUUCAUCGCCUGAAAGGGAGCCUGGAGCAAUGAGAUGCUUGGACAGGCUUGGCUCAUGGGGACUGGGAAGGUGGUGGGAUGGGCGAAAGGAGGCAGAACCAGCAGACCAAGAUGCCAUGUCCUCGCCCGAAAGGAAAGCCCUCCACCUGCAGCGCGCCAGGGACAAGUUUAUGGAGCUGUCGAACUUGCUGGAGGCGUCGUUUCCGGCACCUCCGAUUUCUUCGGAAACUUUAGCUGCUCCCGGUACUGGUACUCUAAGUACACAAACUGGAUUAGGAGUACCUCGAGCUACUCUAGCUGGCCCCCUUCUGCCGCCUCCACCUAAACCUGCAACACCGCAGCAGCCACACUCCCAUCUACCCGUUACGCCUGCAUUGCCUGGUCCUUCUGCUGUGUCUAUCCCGAUGCCUGAUGGAAAGCGGACGAGGCUUACGGAUGAGGACCGCCAGCCCAGUAGUGCCGGUUCUACUCCAAAUGGGAAUGACGCUGGAGACUUGAGCGAAUCUAGAGGCAGUGGUGAUACGAGGUCAGGGCAUAGAACUGCCUCUGGUAGUACAAGUUGUCCUGCGGCUGGUAAUGAUAUCAAAACCGGUACACCUCAAGCCGGUUCCUCUGCUUCAACCGCCAUUGAGUCAAAGGCCCCCGCUGGAAAUGCUGCCGCUGGAACUACCACUGGUGCUGCCGCUGUUGAGGACAAUGACAAGGGUCUCGGGCUCUGGGAGACUAAUAAUACUACCUUUAGUGUUGAGAAGGGGUGGAUUAUGGUUUUGAGGAAGAAGAAGAAUAAGAAUAAGAAGGCCGGUGAGAAUAAGUGUGUGAAGCCUGGGGGUACUUCUACCUCAACCUCUAGCUCGAAGGAGGCUGAGAGCAAGGCUGGACUACCACAAUCACCACAAGCGGCACGACCUUCUCCUCCACCACCUUCAGAUCUACACAUUGCUGGCUCAAAUUUGGGUGACUCGAAUGAUCCUAAGGGUGAGGAGAGAUCUGGAUCACAAUCACCUCCCUGGCUACAAUGGUCUUCAUUUUCAGAAGCUUCACUACCGACACCAUGGCUGUCGAUGGAGGUGCCAAAGGAACAAGUACUCAACGAAUCUGCUGAAGAUGUAAAGGCUAGAGAGGGGGUUGACGCAGACCAAUUCAACUUUCCUACCUCUAGCCAAGACACUCAGGUUUGCAGUAUCGUCAGUACAGUAGCAAGGAAUCCUAAAGCAAAAGGUAAAGCACGGUGGACUGGAAGCCCGAAGCCGCCCGACGAGGACAAGGACGUUGAGAGCACGAAGGUUGAGAGCAAUCCUGUAUCACGACCGCAACCGCAACCGCAACCGCAACUAAUGGCCGCAAUGCAUCCUUUGCAACCGACCAUUCAGGUACCAACUAUAUCCCCAGUGCCAGCCGUGUCCCAAGUUCAGAUGCAACCGAUGCCCCAGAUGCAACCGAUUGUCCAAAUCUUCAACUACUACCAGGUACCAACAACAACGAUGUCCCAGGUACCACCAAAUCCGCCGGCGCAUGCUUCACAACCAACCCAUCCCUUUCAGCAACCAUAUCAAGCACCCCAAUCGAUGUACCUAGGGCACGAGCGAUGUAACGCGCAAAGGUGCUAUCAGGAGACCCCAGAGCACUUUCACCCCCCAAACAUGAUGGUUGAUGGAUCAUGGGUCUACGUUGCUGGGGCUAGGGAGUCUGACUUCAGGAAGCAAGAGGGGAAGAAGCAUGGAGCCGAGAAGCCUGCACCUCCGAAGCCUGAAACCGAGGAGCCCGAAACGGAAAAGUCCGCACCUUCAAAGUUAGAGCAGGAGCAGGAGCAGUUUCAGGAGCUGAGUGUUGAGGGCGAGGGCGAGGGCGAUGCUGCUGGGGGUGAAAGACCGGUCUCCGAUGAUGGUCAAGAUCACGAGGAGCUAGAUCACGAGCAGCCUGAUCAAGAGCAGCUGGAUCAGGAGCAACCGGACUGGGACUCAUGGGAGUGGGAGCAAGGGGAUGAGGGGUACGUCAGUGAACAAAGUCAGGAUCGUCUUGCGCUUCUGGAGCAGGAAGUGGCUCAGCUGCUGGAAGAGGUUCAGUUCCUGGAGGAGCAAGAUCAGGAUCAGGGUUAG